AUGGGUGACUGGAAUGGAAGUAAGCGUGGCCAUGUGUACAAAUUCCUUAGAUCUCAGGGGUUUGUAUCAACAUAUGAUACUGCUCAUCAAUAUACUGAUGCAGAUGCUCACAAGUGGGUUAGCCACCGCCAUCAUAAGGGAAACAUCUGUGGUGUCGACUUCAUUUGGCUUUGUAAUCCCAAUAAGUCAUGUAAACCACUAAAGACUAGUUGGUGUGAAGCUGUUUUUGGUAUAUUAAGGAAGGGUGAUAGCAAUAGUGAUUUUAUUACAUCCUCUGCUUUCUGUGAAGCACUCCAUCAGGAGACAAGGGAUCUCUGGAUCCAAGCAGAUGUUGAUUCAAACGGUGUUCUUGAUUAUGAAGAAUUUAAGAAUAGGAUCUGGAUAUCUACAGUGUCAGAGGAAAAGGAAAACCUUAAUGGAAGUAGAGAGGAGUCCAUACGAGGCACACAGGACGCCCUUGGAUUCAACGUGAAGAACGCAGUUGUGUACCCCCGUGAGGCGGAAAAGGGAAUAUGGCCUGAAGAUUGUACUCUUUCUGAUCAUGCCUGA